UCAGACAGAGCCGUGUUUUCAGAUUCAGACAACCGGUCACAGGCUCGAGUGGUCGAAGUUGUUGUUAGAAAGCACAUGGGAACACCAGAAAACGACAUCUCUCUUCGCCAGUUAGAACGGACGGGAAGACAACAACAGCAGGCAAUGCAGACUGCUCUGGUGACGGCAGAACUCAGUCAGCCCUUGCGCCAGACACCGACCGUGAUCGAGACAGCGGCCUCCCCGCCAUACGACUGCACGAAAAACUACGAUUUCCAGAGAGACGACGCCAUGCAGCACACAGAGGAGGUGGCGGGCGACCCGCUCUGCCGUACCGCCAGCCUGUGGAACAAGGUCCGCCGGAGCGACGUCAGAUGCUCCCUGCAGGGUACCCCCACGUUAUUCUCGGCUGCUCAGUGCAUGAUCCAGAAGGUCCAGCGGAACAAAAUGGCCCAAGAACAAAUGAGAGCGAACCUUCCCCUGCCACGCUUUCCUAGGAGCUGCCCGUGCUCACCACCCACCGCGCGGGGAACGAAAAAGGCGGGAAAAAGGAUCCACCUCUCCCCGCCGACCACUGCGCGGCAGUACGCCAUGUCGUCCCUCAAGAAGCACACCUGGCAUUCCCUCAGCAUUUCAAGCGAUGAGGACGAGACGUCCAGCCUCGCGUAUACCGAGGGGAACGAGGAAGGAAGCGAGGAAACACAACGAGCAACAUCGCGUACGGACAACUCUGUUGUAAGCGCUUAGCCUGGUGACAAUUCUGUUUGUCCCGUCAAGGACUAAAAACUGGAAAAAAAACCGGCGUGCGCUGAUGGACCUCGGCGGGCGGGUAGUACUCUGAGCACCGUAAAGAUACCGGCGAGACUGCGAUGGUCGGGCUCUCGGGCUCUCCGUUCUAUGUCGGUUCAUGAAAGGCACGAGUUUUCCGAAGAAACAUAUGUAGGUCUAUGCAUUGGUUAUAUAUUAUGAUUGCAGAAUCUGAGUUUGACAGAAAUUAUCAAUUCACCAGAUAAGAAAUGAAAUUAUAAAAAUGUUGUUAGAAUAGAUCUAAAUUUGGUCCACCAAUGAUAACAGAAACUGUGUCUAAGAUAACAUGCCGAUUCAGAAGACAACGAAUUAGCGAACCUUGGUCUGUAUAACCUAUUUGGUGAUGUAGACAUUGGGUGAUAUUUAAUCCACUAAAAACGUCAUGUAAAUAGCCACUUCGCUAACUUCUCAAGUAUUAUUCAGUUGCUUGAUAUAUUUUGUAUAACGUAAUGUCCGCCUGGAUGUCUAACCUCUAUCGAGGUAUCAUGUAAAUAACCUUAAGUUUGACUUCGCAAAUACUGUACAGCCGUAUUAACAAUGCAUCCAGUAGGGGGAAAUGCUGAUAAGUACACCUGUGAUGGAUACAUAAUGUUAUCACGCACUGAUCACGUGCUACUUAAUGUUAUCACGUAUUUAUCACGUGAUGAUCACGUGCUAAGCGGAGGCAUAAAUCUCAAACCUCUGGGCAGUGUUUGUAUGAUUUGAUCAGUGUACAGUUUAAUUACGCACUGAUCACGUGCUACGUAAUGUUAUAACGUAUUUAUCACGUGAUGAUCACGUGCUAAGCGGAGGCACAAAUCUCAAACCUCUGGACAGUGUUUUUAUGAUUUUAGCAGUGUACAGUUUAUGUUCGUUUCGUAUGGAGGCCUACACGAAUGUGACCGCACGAUACUAACUAUCUGAAACAACGUCCGCCAAACUAUAGCCACCUACAAUUAUCAAUCAACCAAGCCUUGUACAGUGUACUGUUCUUGAAAAUCACUAUACUUAAGUCUAACGAACUAUCCUGUAAUCAUCCAUGCAUCAUUUGG